UGGUACUGACCUACGGAAGUCCUUUCUGUCGGGAAACACGGAAGUAGCUGCUGUACAUGUAAAUGAUUGUAAUAAACCAAUGAAUACAGUUCAGUGUAAUGAACGAAAGAGGUUACCUGUAAGGCUAACGUUAAUUUUUCCGAAGUACCACCAUUAAUGAAUUCUAAUUAUGGGACAAUAUUGCUCUUCAUCUGAUUUUUAAACAAGCUGUCGUAUUGCACUUUAAAAAAAUCAGUCCAACGGUAAAUGUAUGCUCCUGCUGUGAUGAGAUGCUUGAACCAAAGUCUGCAUGAAUGCGAAAAAAUUAAAGUUGAAUGAUGGGCCAGAGACGGCGAGCUGGUCCUAAAGGCUCCUUGUCCAACAGAACCCCGGAUGGAAUUGCAGUCGGGAUCCAGGGCUCUCCCAAGCACAGCAUAUGCAUGGUGUCUGACUUUUUCUACCCUAACAUGGGAGGGGUUGAAAGCCACAUUUAUCAGCUGUCUCAGUGUUUGAUUGAGCGAGGACACAAGGUGAUAAUAGUCACCCAUGCUUAUGGAAACAGGAAAGGUGUCCGGUACCUCACGAAUGGGCUCAAGGUCUACUACCUACCCCUGCAGGUGAUGUACAACCAGUCGACGGUGACCACCUGCUUUCACAGUCUACCUCUGCUUAGGUGCGUCUUCGUCCGGGAGAGGAUCACGAUUGUCCACGCGCACAGCUCGUUCUCGGCCAUGGGGCACGACUCCCUGUUCCACGCCAAGACCAUGGGCCUGAACACCGUGUUCACCGAUCACUCGCUCUUCGGCUUUGCGGAUGUGAGCUCGGUGCUGACCAACAAGUUGCUGACCGUGUCCCUCUGUGACACCAGCCACAUCAUCUGCGUCUCCUACACCAGUAAAGAGAACACUGUGCUCAGGGCCACCCUGGACCCUCAGAUUGUGUCUGUCAUCCCCAACGCUGUGGACCCCACUGACUUCACCCCAGACCCCUCCCUGAGAGACGACACCAAGAUAACGAUCGUGGUGGUCAGCCGCCUGGUCUAUCGAAAGGGAAUAGAUUUACUAGGCGGAAUAAUUCCAGAACUCUGCCUGAAAUAUCCUGAUUUGCAAUUUGUAAUUGGUGGGGAAGGACCCAAGCGAAUUGUCCUAGAGGAGGUCCGUGAGAAGUACCAACUGCACGACAGGGUGCGUCUCCUAGGGGCUCUAGAGCACAAGGAUGUGAGAAACGUCCUGAUUCAGGGCCACAUUUUCCUGAACACGUCUCUGACUGAGGCUUUCUGCAUGGCCAUCGUAGAGGGGGCCAGCUGUGGACUACAGGUGGUAAGCACCCGGGUGGGUGGAAUCCCGGAGGUACUGCCGGAGGAGCUGAUCACCCUGUGUGAGCCCACCGUCAGCUCCCUGUGCCAGGGGCUGGAGAUGGUCAUCGCCAGGCAACGCUCGGGCACCGUGCUGCCCCCUGCGACCAUCCACAGUAGGGUCCAAACACUGUACACCUGGAGGAACGUGGCAGAGAGGACCGAGAAGGUCUAUGACAGAGUGGCCAAGGAGGUGGUGCUGCCGCUAGAUGGCCGCCUGAGCCGGCUGAGGGCCCACUGCGGGCAUGUGGCGGGCUCCAUCUUCGCCUUCGUGGCCGUGCUGGACUUCCUCUUCCUCCUCCUCCUGCAGUGGUUCGUGCCAGACUCGGUCAUCGACGUAGCCGUCAACGCCUCGGGCCCACGGGGUCUGUGGGGCAAGGCCGGGGCCAGGAAGACGAAACCCAGUGCAAACUGCCACAAGGACACAGGGACCGGUUAGUUGGCGCACCACAUCCAGCUGUCAGGAUUAUUUCCCUUUUUUUGUUUACAAUUUUCAAUUAUUUUUAUUUUGCCAAGCAUUUAUUUGCUGUUGCUUGAGUGGGGAAAAAUCGUUUUUAAAAUGUACACUUCUGCGCAAAAAAUUCAUAGAUAUUUUUAUAUUUUUCUACUUGUAUUACUCACGUACACAGAAACUAAAUCUUUGUUUGCUUUGCAUAUUCUUCGUGAAAAAGGAACGCACACCAAAUUAGUACACCGUGUAUUCUAUAGCAGGUGAGCUAAUCCCGCGCUGACCACUAAAACCCUGCUUGGGGGACUUUCACAUAGUGCUGCUGUUAACUUUGUAGCAUAGCAUUUAACAUUUAUUCCAGGGCUUUCCAAGGAUCAUCUGCAGUAAGUUGCCAGGAUUCACUGUUAUACCUUCCCCGCUCCUCCAAACAGAAUUGUACAACAGCUGGGACUUUUGCACAGUGGUGUAUUUACUGUACUGUAUGUGUAUUCCGCUCAGGUAAAUCCCGCUUGCUGGCAGGCACUGUAGUACAUUAUGCAGCGGCUGUUACGUCUUUCGUCACGUCAAGGGCUAAACGCAUUACUGUCUGCCUCAGUUUGCUGGAUGGAGACCAGGGUCAAUAAGACAGGGUUGAGACAGACACCUCCUUCAUGCCCCAGUCUGUCUGGCUAUGCCCAGCGAACAAACAGGUUUGCUUCGUUCUGGCUUGGAUUUCUCCUAGGGAAUACUCACAGUGCAUCCUGGUCCUAUGUUGAGAAACCUGGUUUGAGAUUCACCGACCAUUUAUUUUUAAACCAGGUUAAAGGUUUUGAACCCCUUGUUUCCCCCAUGCGGACCCACUUUCUCUCUCACCAAAAAAGGCCGGAGUUAAAGAAGGGAUAUGUGAGGAAGGAGAAACUUUUUUUUUUGGCCUGUUCACACCCUUGGCAGAUAGAAGGAAUUGCUGUCCAGUUUACACUGCAAUUACCCUAAGGGGUGGAACAGAUUAACUGUGAGAAUCAAUUUGUCAGUAGAUACAAAUUUGCUUCCUGCCAAACCAGUUGUUUUCCAAUUUAAUCUGACUAAAGACACCAAGGCCACACUCCAUGUUUUCUAUGUGUGCCAAAAUAUGACUAAAGCCCCCCGACCACACUCCAGUUAGAGUUACUUAAAACGAUAACUAGCACAAUGUAUUAUUGUGUCCUGAGACAUUUUAACUGAUACCUGUGUCACAGCAUUCAUUUAUGGCACUGCUGGAGGUAUAAAGGGUGGUUUGUAGGCGCAAAUUAAUGACAGGGUUUUUUUGGGGGGGCG